GAUUUGGAGAGGAGAGGCUGGGUUGGACUAACUUGCUGGAUUGAACUAACUUGUUGGUUGGGAGAGGCUGGGUUGUUUUGGGUUUCAUUGUUGUUUCUUAAACUGUAAUUCUCUUUCCCUGUGGAAGUGACAAGGGCAGGCAGAGUAACUGAGGGGUUUGGUCAAGUUUAACUGAAACGUGCAAUUGAUACUGUGGCCUCAGCUCCUGUCACCAUCUUCUGCAUAGUGAUGUUGCUUAGCAUUUCACAGGUGCUUUGCUGUGUCCCAGAAGUAGGGAGAUUUCAAGAACCACCAAAGCAAUCCGAGUAGUUCAUGCUUGAUAGACAAGGAGCAGGUACUGUUUGUCAGCAGAUUGAAGCAAAUGAAUUCUGAUAUAACUCAACUUUGAUAGAGGGCUUUUUUUUUUAAAAAGUUGAUCCACAGUGCAUCAGAGCAAGUUACUAUACUUUUUGAGUGACUUACAGGUGCUUGCCUGCAUUGCAAUAAAGGACUCAUAUAUUGAGCAAGAGUUAUUUAUCUCUUCGUUUUGGAGAGUCUAAUAAACUGUUAUUACAGUUUCUGUACUGACUUUCAAAGUUUUGAAGUCUAAAAAGACAUCUUUAAAAACAAAAGCAUGAGCACGGCCAGAACAGAGAACCCUGUUAUAAUGGGUCUAUCCAGUCAGAAUGGGCAGUUGAGAGGCCCUGUAAAACCCAGCGGGGGCCCAGGAGGUGGAGGCACACAAACUCAGCAACAGAUGAACCAGCUGAAAAAUGCCAACACAAUCAACAACGGCACUCAACAGCAAGCACAGAGUAUGACCACCGCUAUUAAACCUGGUGAUGACUGGAAAAAGACUUUAAAACUCCCUCCAAAGGAUUUGAGAAUCAAAACUUCGGAUGUGACCUCCACAAAAGGAAACGAGUUUGAAGAUUACUGUUUGAAACGGGAGUUGCUGAUGGGAAUUUUUGAAAUGGGCUGGGAAAAACCAUCUCCUAUUCAGGAGGAGAGCAUCCCCAUUGCUUUAUCUGGUAGGGAUAUCUUGGCUAGAGCGAAAAAUGGAACAGGCAAGAGUGGAGCCUACCUCAUUCCUUUACUUGAACGGCUAGACUUAAAGAAGGACAAUAUACAAGCAAUGGUGAUCGUUCCCACCCGUGAACUAGCCCUGCAGGUCAGUCAAAUCUGUAUCCAAGUCAGCAAACACAUGGGAGGUGCCAAAGUGAUGGCAACAACUGGAGGAACCAAUUUGCGGGAUGACAUAAUGAGGCUUGAUGAUACAGUGCAUGUGGUGAUAGCUACCCCUGGGAGGAUUCUCGAUCUCAUCAAGAAAGGAGUAGCGAAAGUCGAGCAUGUCCAGAUGAUAGUAUUGGAUGAGGCAAAUAAGUUGCUGUCUCAAGAUUUUGUUCAAAUUAUGGAAGACAUUAUUCUCACACUACCUAAAAACAGGCAGAUUUUGCUCUACUCAGCCACUUUCCCUUUGAGUGUACAGAAGUUCAUGAAUUCCCACUUGCAGAAGCCCUAUGAGAUUAACCUGAUGGAGGAGCUGACCUUGAAGGGAGUUACCCAGUACUAUGCCUAUGUAACCGAGCGUCAGAAAGUACACUGCCUCAAUACUCUGUUUUCCAGGCUCCAGAUCAACCAGUCGAUCAUUUUCUGCAAUUCCUCCCAACGUGUUGAAUUGCUUGCCAAAAAGAUCUCCCAGCUGGGUUAUUCCUGCUUUUAUAUCCAUGCUAAAAUGAGGCAGGAGCACCGCAAUCGUGUGUUCCACGAUUUCCGCAACGGCUUAUGCCGCAAUCUUGUUUGCACUGAUCUGUUUACCCGAGGUAUUGAUAUCCAAGCUGUGAAUGUGGUGAUAAACUUUGAUUUCCCAAAGCUGGCAGAGACUUAUCUCCAUCGUAUUGGCAGAUCAGGUCGUUUUGGUCACCUUGGCCUGGCCAUCAACUUGAUCACCUAUGAUGAUCGCUUCAACCUGAAAAGUAUUGAGGAGCAGUUGGGAACUGAAAUUAAACCCAUACCAAGCAACAUUGACAAGAGCCUGUAUGUGGCAGAAUACCACAGUGAACCUGUAGAAGAUGAGAAACAGUAAACAUGCUUUGAUUACACAUGCCAGAAGGUGAAGCCCUUUGAUCCAGAUCUGUGACACAUCGUUUCUCUGGGGAUACCCUUCUCUUUGUGGGUUUUUCUUCGUCUUUUUGUUUGGGAACUAUGAAGACUAAAGAGCUUGGCCUUUUUUUUUUUUUUUGUGGUUUUUUUUUCCUUUUUAAAAUUUGACAGCAAGAAAGAAAGAAGCUAAAAGGAGGAAUGUCUGUUUUGGUUUUUUCCACUUGUUUGCACUGUGUGCUGAUUGAACAUUAGUUGCACUAACUGCUGGUUUUAAAUGUAAUUUUUUUUCCUUUGGGUGGGAGGGACAGCAAGAGAAGAAGAGAAACCCUGAAAAGAGAAGAAUCUUGAUGAACAAGGAGCUUGUCUGCAAUUUCAAAUUCUUCAACCAUUGACUGAGUGCAUUUCAACUUCUCCCUGGUUACUCAUCUGUUUUUUAAGCUUAAAGAGCUUGUUACUUAUUCGUGCAAAGUGCCUUAUGCUAUGAGACCAUUCAGAAUAUCACCUUUCUGACACAGCCCAAGGAAUCAACAGCCGGUUUUGGUUUCAGGUCAAAGUUCCCCUCUCUUCCCCUCUUCUCCUCCCCAGGGCUGGGAGGUGAGAUGUCUUGGUAAUACUACUAUUUUCUUCAAUUUAUUAUGUUGGGUUUUUUUUUUUCCAAUUGGAGGAGUUGAUAUGCAUCUGCAGUUCACCCACACUGUAAAUAUCUGUAUUUAAAACAAAAACAACUUAAAAUCUGGGCUGAUUAGGUGCAGCAUCAUAGCUCCAGAAGGAAAGAGUAGCCUGUCAUCCUUUGCUGGAGCCGUAAGAAAACCCCUGUGCUCUAGCAGAACACUAAAGACUGGUUUCCAUAAGAGUCUCCAUUAGUAGUUACAGCACUUGAUAUGUAGACUUUUCUCAGAGCCAUGGCCCUCUUUCCUCUGGUGCAGUGUGUCCCAUAGAAAAUCAGAUGUGUAUAUUGUACAAACUUUGUAAAUAUGAUUUUUGUUUUUCUGUUUGGGUUCAUAUAUAACUUCUUCUUUUGUGAUGAAGGUUGCUGGGGUUAAAGGGAUUAGACUGAUUAUGGGAGCAGCUAAAGAUGAGAGGGGCUCAGUUUUCUGCAACGCUAAACAAUGAGAAGUGCUCUGACCUCUGAGAAGAGCAGGCCUCUACAAGUGUCCCGUGUCAGGGUGGGUUUGCUCUGGUGCUAGCAACGCUGUCCUGUACCACUCGUGUGGAAGAGAUCACUUGUGGGCCUGCGAGGCCUCCGAGUCUGUAGCUUAUCCUGCUGGGGGAUUGUCUUCAUUUUCCCCCUUAGCAGCUUAAGGAACUUGACCAGCUCUGAAGGGGGCCACGACCUGUGUUCCAUCAUGGUGUGAGGGGAAUGCAGCGGUGUCGAGGCUUGCUGAGCAGCGUAUGCAGAAGCUGUCCACUUGGGUUUAAGGGAAAACGUAGAAACCAGUUUACAUGCAUCCACUGACAGUCCUGGCAUUGUGUGGGAUCGAUUCACCUCCUGCAGCAUUGUGCAUUUUCUGCCUCCAUACAGACUUAGGAGCAGGCGAGGGCAAACCCCUGAUAAUGUCAGAAACUGCAGAAAGCUGCUUGCCAUCUCCUCUGUUUUGGCAUGAAUUGCUGCCUGUCAUUUUUGCAUUGUAUAUUGCUGAAAAGCGCUUUCUGGUCAAAUAGUGUUGCUUUAAAUUGUGCCCCUCCCAACAUGCUUGAGGUUUGGCCUGAUCUACAGGCAAAAGGAGUGAGACAAAUCAAAAAAGUACUCUUUUAAAAUUCCCUUUUAGCCUGUUCACCAACACUUUCAGGAGGCACCUGGAUGAGCGCAGUCCCUUUUGCUCAGUUGUUUAUUGCAUAUCCAGUUGCUGCACUCACACCACGCUUGCUUACCUUUGAGGCAGGAAUGAGGUCUUUUAUUUUCUCCCUAUUUUCACACCAUCCCCUCCCUCUUUUUUUUUUUUUUAAUUGAAGCAGAAUUAUUUGGAACUGCAAGGUGGAUUUACCUAUCCAUUUCCUUGAGGAUCAUAAAGAGAAGCCAGGUGCCUCCUGACAACAACUUUACAAGAUGGAAAGUUUUUAGUUUGGCUUUUUGGUUUUGUGUUGUGUUGUUUUUUUUUUCCUUCAGUCACCAGUGACUCCGUAAUUGUAGCAAAUGCUGCACUAGAAUACAAACUCAAGAGCUUGGUCACAGACAUGCUGUGAGCCACUAAGCAUACAUCUGACUGGCAGGUACUAAAUGUAAACAAUUUUGGGGGUGCUUUUUGGGGGGGUGGGGGGUGGGAUUCUGUGGGUGGUAACUUUGACCAAAAGUAAAUCUUGCUCUUGUACUGCAGCCAGCUUAUGAUUUUUCCAGAAAGACAGAAGAGGGAUCAUUUUAGUGCAACAGAGACAUGACAAAUGUAAAUAAAAGUGUUGUAUCUUACCAGGGCAUGCACAUGUCACAAGAACAGGAUAGCGAUGUUGAGUCAGACAUGUGUGCUCUGCUUGGAUUUGUGGUAGGUUAGCCCGGUGCCAUGUGUUGAUGGUCCCUCUUGAAGCACAGAACUUUUGGAAGUAUUACUUUAAACACGGCCUCUACUCGAGGAUUGGCACUUACCUAAACUAUCUGGGGGCACCGCUUGUAGGUGGCUUCUUGUCAAGAAGGAAGCAGCCUAUUCUUGGUGCUAGUAGGCUAUCUGUAACAGAUGCGAUCUCGCAAAUGGAAAGAUGCUCCAAAGGACUAGGGUAACCCUAGUUUGUCUUUUUGGUUUUGUUCUUUUUUUUUAUACUCUUUGGGUUGGGUUUAUUUGUUUGUUUGUGUUUUUUUUUUGUUUGGUGGGUGUUGGGUUUUUUCCUUUCUUUUUUGGUUGUAGCAUUUUUUUUUUUGUUGUUUGUUUGUUUGGGGUUUUUUUUUGUCCCCUACCCAGGAGUAAGGAGUGUGUAAUUUUUGGCUUCCUGAGAUUUCCUUGUGAUCUCCAGUUCUUGCUGGUCACGUACCAGUCUUUACAUUUAUGCAAUAGUUGCAGCCUUCAGUGAUGAACCUGAGGUCACACACACUUCCUCUGACAAAGAUGAUGUGAAUGAGAAUCUUAAGAUAUUCUGCACUUUUCUCCUUGGAAGUCUAAAAGCAUCACUUUGCUAAUUUGAUGGAAUGAAACUUCACAGCUGGCCGAAGCAUUUCUUAAGAGGGUGAUGCAAACUUUGCCAGCUCGUUUGGAGAAAGGAGAGGCUGGUCUCUGGGCGUGCACUGUCAGGAGUACGCUGUAGUUGCUGGGGGCUUUUCCCGAAGGGAGGGGGGUGGGUUGGUCUCAAGUACGUUUCAGUUUCCAGAAUGAGAUGGGAGCAUCUUUCCUUUGCCCUCUGUCACUUUUUUUGUGGGUAAGAACAGGGAAGCUCAACAUGAAGUCAUGUUGUGUACACGUUGGUAUCAAAUCAUCUCAUUCUGAUCUUUUGUUCUUUGUUUUCACUUGGGGUGGGGGAGGGUGUCUGCUCCAAGGAUUUAAAAAUGCUUCACAUGCUUAGGCUUUUUUCUUUUUUCUUUUCCCUAAAAUGACUGAUAGGGCACAAACCUGAACAGACUACUGUCCUGCCUUGGUUUCUGUUCCAGAGGUUGCAGGGUUGCCAUGCCAGGUCUCCUGAGCUGCCACUGUGGUGGUUCUUGUCCUGUUGCUGGACUCUGUCAUGCUGCUGGAGCUGACUGGCUGUAGCUUUCUGAGAACUAAACACAUUUCCUUCCCAGGAGCUCCAGCAGUACGACUGCCACGGUAAAAGCUGGGCAGCAGUAGUCCCACAUGGGGAGUCCUCCAGUUGCUGCAAACUUCUGCUCCCUCUUUUGUGAGUCGCAGUUUGUGUUCAAUGAGCUCUCUGGACCAAAGAGCAUGCAUCUAGUCUUCAAAAUGAAGCUUUGGCAGAUUAUUCUGUAGGUUUUGCUCAGUUCACUGUUGUAUUGCUAAAAGGUCCUUACGUGGAAGCAUUGUUAAAUUCUGCUGUAGACAACAUAGGGACGGGUAAGGAGGGGUGAGGGGAGGGAUGGGUUUAUUAAGAUACAGCCUUGCUGUAUUUUAACCAGUAACUAUAAGGAAGGGGUGUCAGGAGAAGAAAAUAGUCACUGUUCCCUUUAUUGAAAGAAACUGGAACUUUUAUUUCAAGAAAAAGAAAUUAUUUGCAAUUCUGGUGGAAUGUUGUAAUCCACUGGUCCCGACUCAAGAGGUUGUUAUUAUUACUGUUAACCAGCAAACAAGAGGAACUAGUCCUUGAAAACAUUUGGGGGAGGGGGGCGGGGAAUUGGCUUUCUGUUCAAUUGGUAAUUGGCAAACUCUCCAGCGGAGCUUGGAGCGGGGCGAGAAUGUAUUUUCUCUGGCGAUGUUGUGCGUUGCAGCGCUGACUUGUGAGGAGCUUCACGAGUUCAGAGCGCCGUAAAGACGAAUGGUAAAAUCCUGAUUUUGUUGAUUAAACUCAAUAAAAGCUCCCUGGAACUCCA